GAAAUGCUAGUGAACUGGUUAUUGCAAUAGUAGAGGCCAUUUAUGCUUUAUAAGGAAGAGGAAUCAACAAGGACUACACGCUGGGUUGUUUAGCUUAGGCUGGUUUCCACAGCGACAACAUGGGUGCAGUGGUGGGCACUUUGACCAUGCAAACCAAACAGAGGAGACCAUCUCGAGAUAAAACCGAUGAUGAACUGGAAAUGACCAUGGUGUGUCACAGACCAGAAGGCCUGGAGCAGUUAGAAGCACAGACCAAUUUCACCAAACAGGAGUUGCAAAUACUCUAUCGGGGAUUUAAAAAUGAAUGUCCAAGCGGUGUGGUGAACGAGGAGACUUUUAAACAUAUUUAUGCUCAGUUCUUUCCGCAUGGAGAUGCAAGCAUGUACGCUCAUUAUUUAUUUAAUGCAUUUGACACAACAAACAACGGCUCUAUCAAGUUUAAGGACUUUGUAAUGGGUUUGUCCAUACUUCUUAGAGGAACCUUGCAGGAAAAACUGGAGUGGACAUUUCACCUUUAUGACAUCAACCGAGAUGGAUAUAUAAAUAGAGAGGAAAUGACUGAGAUUGUCAGAGCCAUCUAUGACAUGAUGGGAAAGUACACGUAUCCUGCACUGAAGGGGGACGUCCCACAGCAGCAUGUGGAUGCCUUCUUCCAGAAAAUGGACAAAAACAAAGAUGGUGUUGUAACAAUGGAUGAAUUUAUUAUAGCAUGUCAAGAGGACGAGACAAUGAUGAGAUCCAUGCAGCUGUUUGAAAAUGUAAUGUAGGAGCAGAGGAUUCAGCAUAAAACAAAAUCAAAGAGAAAGUCUGAGGGCUUGGUGUGUAUGGGUGUGUGCGUGUGUGUAUCUAAGUAUGAGUGUGAAUGUAGACAAUAGGAACCAUAUCUGGUCUCUAGACUCUGGACAAAGGGACUAUUAUUUCACUGGACCUCAGAUUAAAAUGCUAUGGCCUCUUCAGUGACUGGUAAGAGACAAUUUAAAAGAAUGGUGCAUAUAAGGCUGCACAAUACCAGAAAAGAGCUAUUGCACAUCUAGCCAUUUCAUUUACUUUGCCAAAAUAUGUUCUUUAUUGCCAAAAAUAAAAUGCAUGCUUUUGCAAGUUUUUGUUAAAAUGAUAAAGGAAUAGGGCCAUAAAGGGACUUAACAUAUUUCCAUUGACAUACAUACAUACAUUACAUUAUGCAUUAUAUGUUGUUUAUCACCAUUUAGGGAUUGGUGUACUUGUACAUUGACCUUGCUGUAUUGCUAAAUCAGCUGUAGCUUGCUGUUUAUUGUCUCAUUGGAACAUCUAUGUCUUGUGUCUUGUAUGUUAAAGGCCGGUGAAGAUCUAAUUACGUCUACUCAAAAAUAUGUUUUUUAAUAAUAUUUUAAUAUCUUCUCUGCGGCUUAGUUUCUUGUAAUUGUGUAAUGUAAUAAAGUGUACCCAUUUAAUGAAGUGCCCAAUAAUAUAUAUAACUCUAAAAGAAAACUGCACAUGUGAGAAGUGGUGUAAUCCUGCAAAUUAAAUGUACAUUAAAAUUCAUAUGAAUAUAAUAUAUAAUCUUGCAGGAUAUACACUGAAUGUAAUCUUAUUGGAAUGUUAUAUCGAUGGCACUGAGGAGGGCUCCAUCUGUGUUAACAUUUGGCCCUGCCUCCUUUUUCCAAAACCAAGAUGUGAUGUCACUCUGAUGUGCAGACACAGUAUUGGGCUAAAUGAGUGACUCAUGCUGGCUCUCUGCUGCUCACUGUGUUGCAGGGUGCGUUUUAAAGCACCACCAUAAUAGAACCUCACCAAGCUCUGGGCACACAAACUCUGAAAUAUUCAUCACUCUUUUUGCUGUUUUACUUGAUGCUUUGAAGGACUUGCUCUUAGCUGUAUAAGUCAUUACACAUCCGUUUGACAUCACAGCUUUGGUUUUUCAUAAUCAUAUGGAUGUCAAGGUUGAAGAGAGGAUUAUUGUA